AUCUUUUUUAUUUUAUAUUACCUUAGUCUAUUAUAUAAUACGGAAGAAAUUUUUACUUAUAGUUUAGCUAGUACUAGUUAUCUUAUAUUAACCUUUUAUCUAAGCUUUAUAGUAGUAUUAGGUGCAAUUGUAAUAGCAUUUAGUAAACAUAGUUUGAAAUUUUUAUCUUUAUUCGUAGUACGAGGCUGUCUAUUAGUUUUAUUACUAUUACUAGUAUUAAUUAAAUUUAUAUUAUAUCUUGCAAUAAAUGUAUUACUAGGUCUAAGAUUAGUAGCAAACAUACUUUCAGGUUACAUAUUACUUAAUAUACUUAGCGGUUUCACGUAUAAUAUAAUUACUUUAGGAUUUAUAUUUAUAUUUUUA